AUCACAUCUUCCAUCUCAGUGUGAUUCGUGGUUGGUGGCAUCACGAUUAACGGUCUACAAUCAUAUAUUUUUGCAGCAUGAUGACCGUCGCGGAAGUAAAUCGGAAAGAAUGGUCGAGCAAUCGUCAUCUGUCGAUCAGCAAUCAGCAUUUGUCAACAUUCCUCAUUAGCCGUUCAAGCGGCGCUACGAUGCAACUUACCGUGUUUGCCAACGAUGGCGAUCAGACCUACUACCUCGAGGUCGACGCAUCCAUGCAUCUCGAAGAUCUCGUUGCAUUGAUCAGUGCAGAGUCUGGUGAACCACCCGAGCAAAUCACAUUGCUCUACAACGGCCAGCGACUUGCUGAUCCGAAAAAGGACCUCUCGAGCUAUGGUCUCACUAGCAACGAAGAGAUCGUACAGAUGCAGAGUUCGAAUAGCUCCUCGGUUCCCUCUUCGACCAGCCCGCAAGCAUCCGGCUCUGGCGGAGUCGCAAACGACAUGGAACGAAUGAGGCUGACUCUGCUUGGGAAUCCCGAAAUGAUGGCCGAGCUGCGAAGGGCAAGUCGCACGAGGUGUUUCUCGCGCCAACGCCAUGGACUGACCUGAUUCACCUUCGCUCGACAGGUCAACCCUGGCAUGGCGCAAGCCGUCACGUCUUCGCCAGAACAAUUCGCUCGAGCCAUGCAGCAAGGGAUGGGGGGCAGGAGCGAGGCCGAGAUGGAAAAGCA